UCGAAGAAGAAGAAGAACGACACCUCAAACCAUCGUAGUUUGAACCAUGGAUCUGCGACACAGGUGCUAUGGUUUCGGUAAAAACAGUCGUGACUAGCUCCAUAACGAUUUCCAUAACGAUUCAUCGUACUGUGGGGGUUAAUCUGCGAGUUGCGUCGUUGUACGGGAAUCGCACCCCAGAUUCUGUGAUUAACAGCAGAGACUGAUUUAAAGACACUGAGCAUCACUAUGACGUCGCUGCUUGUGCUGCUGCUUCUCUGGGCUUUUCCUCUUUCAAAUUCUAAAGGACGACUAAGACAAUUCCUACUAACAAGUGAAAGAUUCACCAGAGAUGCUGCAGUGAAUGAAUGCAGAACAAACUACACUGCCCUCGCCACAGUUUAUGACCAACAAGACAAUAUAGAAUUAAUGACACUGCUCAUUAAUAUUACUGAUGGAUCCAACCCUAGUGGAUGGAUUGGUACAAAGAUAGGAAAUAGUCACUGUAAGAAAUGGUCAAAUGGUGAUGAGGUCACAUUUGGCCGAAACUUUACAAGUUAUACGGAUUCACGCUGUGCUGCUAUGAAGGCAGAUGGAGACUGGGAAUUUCUCACAUGUACUGUGACAAGACACUUCAUGUGUUAUAAGCAAGAUGUUGAGCGAGCGUUAUAUAAAUUAAUCCUUCAAACGAAAACCUGGUUUGAGGCUCAGCUGUACUGCAGAGAGAAUCACACUGAUUUAGUCAGCAUCAGUAAUGAAGAGGAAAAUGAAAAGGUAUGGAAUGAAGGAAAAGAGAGUAAUAAUCCUUUCUGGAUCGGCCUGCUGGAGGACAGUGUGGAAUGGUCUGAUGGAGGACAAUCAGCUUACAGAAACUAUGUAGGAGAACUGAGCGGAGAUUAUAUAUUUUUGAAUCAAGAUGGGAAUUGGAGUAAAAGUAAUAAAGACAUUGUCCAACAUGCCUUUUGCUACAAAAGCUUCAUUCAUGUGAGUCUGGGUAAAAUGUCCUGGGAGGAAGCUCUGGAUUACUGCAGCAGUAACUUUUCUGGACUACUGCGCAUUGAGUCGGAGGAUGAUCAGAUAGAAACGGAGCGAGAAAUAAAAAGACAGAAUAUUUCAGAGCCAGUGUGGGUGGGGCUUAGACAGAGUCGACUUUUCGGAUUCUGGAUCUGGUACAAUGGGCUCAGUGUGGGAAACUGGACCAACUGGAAAGAAGGAAGUCCACCAGAACAUCAAGUGUCCCAGCACUGUGCUGCCUUAGAGAAGGUGAAAGGUCAAUAUAAAUGGUGUGAUAAAGACUGCAGAUCUGAAUUUAUAACUUUAUGUGAGUUAAAGUAAUAUACCUCUCUUUUAUGCUCUUUGAUUUAUCGCAUGCACAGUUUUCAGCGCUCCGAAUGAGGAAAAAGAGCUAAUGCGUUCAAUAGUAAAUAGUGGCAUCAUUCAUCUCUUGUAUAAUAAAGCUCUUAUUGUUAGCAAUAGAAGCUAGUUUGUAAUGCUGUACCUGUAGUGGUUCUGUUGACUUUUUCAUGUUUAUCUCAUUGAUUCAAUUGAUUAAUUAUUUUGUUGUAAACCUUUAUGCCCCGUACCAAGACAUUAACAUUAAAAGUUUUUCAUGGACAUUA